AUGUCCGUGCUUUCUGGCUGGUACCACGAACCUUCUCCGCUGCUGUAUAAUCCUCCUUUCACGCCGGAUUCCACACUAAUUAAUGGACUUGGACGUGGUCCGUCUUCACCACUCGCUGUCCUUAAUGUCACACAGGGGCAGAGGUGCCGGUUCCGGAUCAUCGGGGCAUCUUGUGAUCUGUGGUUUAACUUCGCAAUCGAUGGCCACGACAUGACGAUUAUCGAAGCAGACGGAAACGAAGUGGAACCGGUGAUCGUUGACUCGCUUGCAGUGUAUGCUGGCCAGCGCUACUCAGUCGUCGUCUCAACCCGUGGACAACUACUGGAUUCGAUCUGUGUCCAAUUUCCCUAA